UCCCGGGUGUUGCUGCCACUCGAUCGCGACGCGCUCUGCCUUCAACACUUCUGUUCCUCCCAAAGCCGCUUUCCCGAAAUUUCAACUCGGAUUUCAGUUCGGAUUUGAGUACCACGCGAUGAAGACGGCGGCUUCAAAUAAUCCGGAAUAAACAGUGCAGUGAUACGGGAAAUGUUACAAAAUGUUUUGCAAUAAGAAUUUUGCCCAAAAGUGAAACGGGUUAAAAAGAGAAUUUUCUGAAGCUAAAUAUUUUCCGAGUGGCAUUUAAGAAAUUAAUCUUGUUUUUGUGCUAAAUAUUCUUUGAAGUAAGCUAUUCCAAAAUGGCAAAACUAUUUUUAAUAUUCAGUAUUUUUAUCGUCACUGCAUCUAUACCCGGUAUCAUUUUCGUACAAUCGGAUUUAACCACUAAGGAACGAAUUAAGAAACAUCAAGAUUGGCUUAAGGAGCAUCGUAAACCUAAGCCAAAAAAAAUCCACUCAAAUAACUCAUUUUAUGAACUUGCAAACUUAUGGAACACUCGAAAAGACAUAUCUCUUAAGCAAAAACUAAACAGCCAUGCUGAUUAUUUAGAAAAUGAAACGACUAGCAAAUUAUCUAACAGAACCGAUGUCAUAGUAUUAAAGCCAACGAUAAUAUUAAUAAAUGGAACUAAUACAAAUAAGUCGGAGCCCCAUGUUGCUCCGGAAACAACCACAUUGCCAACGACAACUGCUGCCGCUACCACCGAAAAUGGUGAUAUCAGGACAACAUUAGCCACUCCAGAUACUGACGAGAUAUAUACCUCUCCAAGCCCUGUAAAGACCAUAACCACCAGGAAGUUGAAGAAGAAGGUUUAUCCAUAUCCAAGAUGGGAUAAGUGGAGUAACUGGAGUGACUGCUCUAGGAGUUGUGGGGGAGGUGUUAAAUAUCAGACACGUAAAUGCAUCAACAAAAAUCCAACGACAAAUAAUCUUCUUACCAGUAAUGCAUGCGUGGGGUACUACAAACGCUAUCAGCUUUGUAAUGACGAGCCCUGCGACUCUCAGUCUCCCGAUUUCAGAGCUUCUCAGUGUACGGCUUACAACGAUAUAGAGUUUCAUGGUCAUCGAUAUACAUGGGAACCGUAUAUAAAAGAUGAUGCUGAAUGUGAGCUUAAUUGCAUGCCUUCCGGUAUGAGAUCUUUUGCCACAUUAAACGAGUCGGUAAUUGAUGGAACGCCGUGCAGACACCCAGCUGAAUACUAUCGGUCGCACCUUUGGAGCCGUGCUGUUUGCGUCGACGGAGCUUGCAAGGCCGUCCAUGCCACCGGUGACAUUGAUGGAUUGUAUGCUCACAGUGGAUCUGUCAGUUGCGGGGGAUUACUAUGUCGACCUGUCACGGGGAUCUUCACCCGCGAUCCCCUUCCGGAACAUGCCUAUAUACACGUGGCUACCUUACCUGUCGGGGCCUCCAACAUUUCGAUAACUGAGCUUAAAAAUAGCAUCAAUUUGCUGGUUUUGCGUACAUCGAAGGAGGAGUCUAUAUUUAAUGGGGAGAAUACGGCGUCGGAAAGUGGAUCCUACGAGGCAGUGGGUACUACCUUCGAUUACCACCGAAUCGAUGGGGCUCAAGACAGUAUGGGUGUGACCGAGUGGAUAACAAGUAUUGGACCUAUCAGGGAUUCCCUACAACUUAUGGUUUAUACAAAAACCCCGAAUAAUACGGGCAUUAAGUACGAGUAUAUGUUGCCUAUUAUUUCUGAAUCGGAGGAGAACGAGAUGUCCUUGGAGAGUAGUGAUGGCCUUCUGAGAUCCGGAGUCGAGGACACCAGUUCGUCGAGCAGCUCUCGGCCACUUCGCAAGCGGGUCUUCAACUGGAAAGUGGUGGGUUUCAGUGGCUGCACCAAGUCCUGCGGUGGUGGCACCCAAACCCCCAUCAUUCGUUGCAUUCGUAAAAAUCCAUUGCGGUAUUACUCGCAACGUCGUUGCACGCAUUCCGUGAAACCGGUGUUGAAUGAAAACCUACUGCAUUGCAACACGCAACCCUGUCCGGCGUACUGGAGGGUGGACGAGUGGGGUGAGUGCCGUUGUCAGACCAACAUGCGGCGGCGAGAGGUAAGCUGCGUCCAGGAACUGGCCUCCGGCCUGGUCAUCCAUGUCGACAAGUCAGCCUGCAUGGAAGAGCAUCCUCCCACGCAGAAGCAGUGCGAAUGUCCUAAGAGCCGUCGUCGUAAUUUGGCCAGAUAUCGUCUGCCCUCAGGAGCGACCAUCUCCUCCGGCACUCAUAACGUUACACAAAUCAAACGAAGAUCGGACUCUGGAGCCAUCUGGCUGAUGUCCGAGUGGAAUCAGUACUGUUCCUCCGCUUGUGGUCCUGGGGUGGAGCAUCGUACCGUGUUUUGUGAUCGCUCUAAGGCAGGAGAGGACCGUUGUGAUCCCAGUACCACGCCGGAGAGUCGACGAGCCUGCGAGAAGUCCACCUGUGAGGUGGGCGACUGGUUCGCAGGGCCUUGGUCCCCCUGUAAUGGCGAUUGCUUCGAUCUGACUCGCAGUCGAGAGGUAUUGUGCAUUAAAAACUUGUUGAUCACGGAACCGAAGGAGUGCAAAAAGGAGUUGAAGCCACAGUCUGUGGAAAAGUGCUCCCACGAGGAGGUGGAAUACUGUGCUGCCCGUUGGCAUUAUGCAGAGUGGUCAGAGUGUACAAAAUCCUGCGGAGGAGGCACCCAGAGACGCAGUGUGAAGUGUCUGGACUAUGACAUAAAAUUAAACAUCCUGCGAGAAUCGAACCAAUGUCGUUAUGCGGCAAGAGAUCCCAUAUAUCGUAAUUGCAACACUGAAUCAUGUGAAGAAGAAAUGCAGAAAACUGAGCCUGCCGUCACCUGUUCCGAUAAAUUCCAAAACUGCCAAUGGGCUGCGCAAGCCAAGCUCUGCAGCUACGACUAUUAUCGAGAGAACUGCUGUACUUCCUGUACAGGUGGCACUUGAAAUGAUGCACUUUUAUAUUUAAAACUUUAUAAAAAGCAUACUUAAUUUAUAAACCGUCUUUUUAAUCAUAAUGCAGAAUAACUUUUUGAAUCAAGUUCUUUUUUACUUGAAUAUGAUAUUUUGCUAACAUUUCAUUUCUGACACUAAAGCUCAAAAUAAAGCUUGCAGGGAAUUGCAAAAAAAAAAUAUUCAAAAAUUAAUACACAUCAAUAACAAUUACUAAAUUCAACUAGCUGGAGACUAAAAAAAUAGAAAUUAGAAAAAUUUAUACCUAUUCUUAUACCUAUAAUUAACAUUAAGAAACGAAUCGUGAUGUAAGA